AUGUUGCUGAACUUCCCCGUCCAGGGCUCCGGGCCCGGAGGGUGCCACUUCGGCAAGGGCCUCGACCUGGAGGUCCUGAACGCCACGAGCGACCAUGACGCACUUAAUGUCGCUAUCACCGACAUUCUCUCCAGCAAUAUGUUGGACCUCCGCACGGAAAUCGUGCAGGAGAUGGAGAGCGGCUUAUGCCGAAAUCUGCUCGAGCCCCGUGCUCAGCAGCCGAAGUUCAUGCACAAACCAAUGGGCAAAGGGGAGUCGAUGUGGCCCCUGGUGCUUGGAACAAUUUUCCUGUUCUUCGCAAUGUUAUUCGCUGCUUUUCUUGCUGGUCGCCAGAGUGUAUAUUUGGGCUGUUGUUCGUGCUUUUACAGAUGUUGUGGCCGCUUGGCACCGCAAGCGUGGUCCCACACGGAGGGCCACACCAGCUCGGAAGAGAGUCACUCCGAUGUGGAGAAUCAGUUCUUGGGGCUGUCGAACGUGACCCCCAUUUUUCAGAAAUGA